AUGCGCUUCUUAACCUUAUCGGCGGCAGCGCUUUCAUUCGCAGCUUCAGCAAUAACAACGGCUACUGCAGCGUCCACGAUCCUCCGCGUGGCGGUCCCGUCAACGUCUCUCCUUCCGAAUCCCGGCGCGUCUCUUCCAGCUUCGACAAAGCUCACCUUGACUACGCUUGGAAAGGACUAUGAGGCACCGAUUUCGCGCGACGGCACAUUCACCCUAAGGAACGUUGAGGAAGGAUCGUAUUUGCUGAGCGUUGCUUGCCUGGAUUAUAUAUUCCCGAAGCUGAGGGUUGACAUUGGUGGGGACGUAGAAUUGGUGACAACAGAAGCGGGAUCUCCCGCUGAUGCGGGUAUUGAGACAAAGGUGCAAAUGAUCAAGGCGUGGCAAACGUUUCCAGAUACUGAAUGGGCGAAUACGGGCGAGACGCAGGCCGUGGACCCAAUCAGCUUGGCGCCCCUUGUUAAGAAGGAGUAUUAUGUGAAGAGGGAAGGAUUCUCUCCUCUCUCGCUCCUUCGUAAUCCUAUGAUUCUGCUCGGACUUGCCUCUCUGGGUCUCAUAUUCGGAAUGCCAAAGGUCAUGGACAAUUUGGAUCCCGAAAUGAAAGCCGAAUUAGAAGAGCAGCGCCGCAAUGGUAUGGGCUCGGGCAGCUCUGCUGCAGCUGCAUCUUUCCAAAACUUUGACAUGGCUGCAUGGCUUGCUGGGAAGAACUCCAACCCAUCAGCGGAGUCUUCGAGCGAUUCAAGGAAGUCCAGAUGA